CGCCAUUCUCCCCUCCCUCCAAACUUCAUCACCACCUCCAUUGGCAAAUUGUAUUCUAUCUAGCUGCCUUUCUCAACUCAAAACAAUACCUCCAAAUUCCUGCCUCUUCCCUCUUUUCCUCAACUUCCUCUCACCUCAAAUAAAACCGUCACACAUUUAAGUCCAAAUCAUUUCCCUGUCCUAAUACCGAGACCUUAACUGGAAGAAAAGAAAAAAAAAUGGGCACUGCCUUCGACGACACUAGCCGCAGCCGGCAGCCACACCGCGUGGCCAUACCGCCGGCGAAGCCGUUCCUCCAGACGCUGAAAUCCAACCUGAAGGAAACCCUUUUCCCCGAUGACCCUUUUAGGGAGCUCAAGAAGCAGCCGUCGGCUUCGAGGAAGCUGGUGCUCGGACUGCAGUACUUCAUCCCGAUCCUCGAGUGGGCCCCGCGCUACACCUUCGCCUUCUUUCGGGCCGAUCUCGUCGCCGGGAUCACCAUCGCCAGCUUGGCCGUACCUCAGGGCAUCAGCUACGCACAGCUCGCCAGCCUUCCCCCCAUCGUCGGACUCUACUCGAGCUUUGUGCCGCCAUUGGUGUACGCGAUGCUAGGGAGCUCAAGGGACGUGGCGGUGGGGACGGUGGCGGUGGCAUCGCUGCUGAUAUCGACCAUGUUGGGGAAGGAAGUGAGUCCCGUGGACAAUCCCAAGCUCUACUUCCAGCUGGCGGUCACGGCGACUUUCUUCGCCGGAGUGUUUGAAGCGAGCCUUGGAUUUCUCCGGCUCGGGUUUAUCGUGGACUUUUUGUCGCACGCGACGAUAGUCGGGUUCAUGAGUGGAGCAGCCACGGUGGUGUGCCUGCAACAGCUGAAAGGAAUAUUGGGAUUGGUCCACUUCACUCACGAGACGGAUAUAGUAUCCGUUAUGCGUUCCAUAUUCACCCAGACCCACCAGUGGAGAUGGGAAAGUGGGAUUCUAGGCUGUUGCUUUCUCUUCUUCCUCCUCACCACCAGAUACUUUAGCAAGAGGAAAUCGUACUUCUUUUGGAUAAAUGCCAUGGCGCCUCUCACUUCUGUUGUUCUUGGAAGUGUCCUUGUCUAUUUCACUCAUGCUGAGAAACAUGGUGUUCAAGUGAUUGGGAACCUGAAGAAAGGGUUGAACCCGCUAUCCAUAACCGACUUAGCAUUCGGGUCGCCCCAUCUGAUGGUAGCCAUUAAAACUGGGAUCAUCACUGGAAUCAUUGCUCUUGCUGAAGGAGUAGCAGUUGGGAGGAGCUUUGCACAGUACAAGAACUACCACAUCGACGGCAACAAAGAGAUGAUCGCAUUCGGGACGAUGAACAUUGUAGGCUCCUUGACCUCCUGCUAUCUAACCUCGGGCCCAUUCUCGCGAACCGCGGUGAACUACAACGCAGGGUGCAAGACAGCAGUGUCGAACAUAGUCAUGGCGGUGGCUGUGAUGUUCACUCUGCUUUUCCUGACCCCGCUCUUCCACUACACUCCCCUCGUGGUGCUCUCUUCGAUCAUCAUGGCAGCGAUGCUCGGCCUGAUCGACUACGAGGCCGCCUUCCACCUCUGGAAGGUCGACAAGUACGAUUUCGCGGUCUGCCUCGGUGCCUAUGUUGGCGUGGUGUUUGGCAGUGUGGAGACUGGCCUGGUGAUUGCUGUUGCGAUUUCUCUGGUGAGGAUGCUGUUGUUUCUCGCCAGGCCGAAGACUGGCCUCCUUGGCAACAUCCCGAACUCGAUGAUCUACAGAAGCAUGGAUCAGUACCCGAAUGCGGAGAGUGUUCCUGGAGUUAUGAUUCUGCAGAUUGAUGCUCCUGUCUAUUUCGCCAAUGCGAAUUAUUUGAGAGAAAGGAUUUCGAGAUGGAUCGAUGAAGAGGAAGACAAGUUGAAAUCCACGGGAGGUCCGAGCUUGCAAUUCGUCAUACUUGACAUGACCUCAAUUGGUAACAUAGACACAAGUGGAAUUAGUAUGCUGGAAGAAGUGAAGAAGAACACAGACAGGAAAGAGCUAAAGCUGGUGCUGGCGAAUCCGCGGAGCGAGGUGAUAAAGAAGCUAGACAAGUCACAGUUCAUCAAAACAAUUGGUCAGGAAUGGAUAUACCUAACUGUAGCAGAAGCUGUGGCGGCUUGCAACUACAUGUUGCACACAUGCAAUCCCAAACAUGUUACAACAGCAGAAACCAAUGGACAAGACAGUAAUGUCUGAAUACCCUGAUUGGUUCCCAGUAACUUGAAAAUGUUUUGGGGCACCAUUGCUGAUUGAGCUAUGUAUUGUUAGUGAUAAAGCUUAUCUCGAUAUAGUUAUAAAGCAGCAGGCCCUCUCUGAUCUUGUUAUUUAUCCAGAAAGAUCUUGCUUGGGCCUGCUUCAUUAUUAGAAAGCUUCUAAUGAAGCUGAUUGUAGUCUUUCUUCAAAAUGGAAUGAAACCAGAAGCUGCUC